AGGCUCGUCGUCUUUUCCCGCCAGCCUUCGGGAGGUUAUGAUUCUGGGUCCCUCUGAGGGGAGGAAGGAAGCAGCGGCGGAGAGCUGAGGCGACGGGGUAAGCGGAAGGGGAGCGUCGCCUCGGCCUUUUUUCGCCCCUGUAGUAGGCGGGCACCCCACCCCGUCACACUUCUUCGCCCUCCCAGCCCAGUUUGCCUCAGUCGUGGUCGGGGCUUUCGGUUAUGAGCCGUUCGAGGCAAGGAGAGGCCGAGGGGGGAGCGGAGGCCUCCCAGGGCUCCCAACCCCCAUCGCAAGGAAGAGCUUUCUGAGGUGUUCGGUGGGGGCUCCUUUCCCCGGAUGGCCGCGUCUGCCGUGGAUGCUUUGGCGAGAUUCCCGGGUUGGGCUAGAUGACCCUUGGAGGUCCCCCUCCCGCUCUCCAGUUCUAUGAUUCACGCACCCAAACCAAGCACAAGGCCUGCCAUGUCCCUGCCAUAUGAUGUGUGGGGCAGGUGGCCGUAGGUCCGUCCCACUGUAUCCCCACAACCUGAAUCGAGUCCCCUCAGCGCUGGCUGCCUGGUGCACUUGAGGACAAUGCACCCUUCCUUGCAAACGGCGGUGCAGGAUGCUGGACUAAGAUGGGCCUUUGACCCCGACCCAGCAGGGCUCUUGGUCCUUGGUUCUUAAGCAAGGGGUCAGCAAGCUUUUUCAGCAGGGUCCCUCAGACCUUGUGGGGGUCAUGGACUAUAUUUUUUGGGGGGAAAUGAACGAAUUCCUAUGCCCCACAAAUAACCCAGAGAUGCAUUUUAAAUAAAAGCACACAUUCUACUCGUAAAAACACGCUGAUUCUUGGACCGUCCGCGGGCCGGAUUUAGAAGGUGACUGGCUGGAUCCGGCCCCCGGGCCUUAGUUUGCCUACCCAUGUUCUUAUCUGUGCUUAGCUUGGAACCAGCCGGCGCCUAGACCAGUGGUUCCCCACCUUUUUUUGGCCAUGCCCCUCCUAAGCAUCUCUAAAAUCCUGAUGCCCCCGCUCCUGUGACAUAAAAUACUUACUACAGUAUUCAAGGGGGAUGUGGGUGGCACUGUGGGUUAAACCACAGAGCCUAGGACUUGUCGAUCAGAAGGUCAGCGGUUCGAAUCCCUGCGACGGGGUGAGCUCCGGUUGCUCAUUCCCUGCUCCUGCCAACCUAGCAGUUCGAAAGCAAGUAGAUAAAUAGGUACCGGCGUGAAGGUAAACGGCGUUUCCAUGCGCUGCUCUGGUUCGCCAGAAGCGGCUUAGUCAUGCUGGCCACAUGACCCGGAAGCUGUACGCCGGCUCCCUCGGCCUAUAGAGUGAGAUGAGCAUUGCAACCCCAGAGUCGGCCACGACGACCUAAUGGUCAGGGGUCCCUUUACUUUUUUUUUACUGUAUUCAAAAAGUGAACUCCUAUUCACGUGGAGGGAAGUCUAAAAGGCCAUUAACUUGGUCUAAACAAGCUACCAAAUUGCCUCCCGCCCCCAUGGGAACCAUGGGCCUCGACAUAAGAUUAUGCCUAAGAUACACCUGGCCAUUGUUUGUUUUUGCCUAUGGGGUUUGGAGCCAACAGCAGCCUCCCAUUUUUCUUCCUCAAUGUAUGGCAGAGGAAGUGGACAGGUGUCGUCAAGCACCUGGCCUUCAGCAGCAGUCCUACCUGAAGGGGGAUUGUUGGGAAGUUGCAACAUCCUUGCCUUGCCUGCCACAUCAGGCUACAUUGGGGCGCAAGCCUGGGCAAUGUGUGCUCCUCCAUCCUGAACUGCCCAGACAACAAACAUAAAUGCAGGCUGUAUAUUCUCAUAAAGUCUUUUAUGAAUAACUGAUAGGAAUAUAAACAAAAAGAACUAAUCAGGAGUAAUCAUCGUUAGUAAAGAGGACUUUGGGAUUUUCGUCAAAUGGGUUGUUACUGUAUUUUAAAGUAAGCAGAAAACAGGUGCUUCUUAACAGCCAACAUAGUUUGGUAAAAACUGGUCUGUGCCAUAGUAUCCGCAUGCGUAGGUUUCCACUAGCAACUGAUUUUUCCACUAAUCUGUUCAUAAUAGUUUUCCUUUCUAAAUAAAGCUAAAUCUGCUUUCCUAUUUCUUCAUUAGUUGAACAAUGAAAAAUAGCAAGGAACCAUAUUUUGUGAAGUUUAUAAAGUCUGCAGAAAACUCAGAAUUUUUCCUUCAGGCCCUUGAGGUAAGCUUAUUUAGUACGUGGAGUUGAUCUGUGAAUGUAAUGUGAUCAAUGAAUACCUUUUUAUAUGUAGUUUAAAUAUUAAGUUUUGUGUGUUGAAAAAGUAAACAGCAAUUUUAUGGUUUAUCUCACUGUAAACAAAGCACAAAUUGUAGCCAAGUUUUGCUUUAUGACUUGUCUCUUGUAGUUUGUCUAGAGAACGUAAACAACAAGCCCUGGUUCAGAUGUAAUUCUAAGCUAAACUAUGGUUUAGUGCAGCAGCUGCAAUCUUCUCUCUGAGAAUCUAGAUGUUUGUAGUAGGCUAUGGUUUGGCUUACAGUUAUUUCUGAACUGGCCCAAUAUUUUGAAUUGAAUGUGAAUAUGUUUUUAGUAAGUAUCACCAAGUACAGGCAUAUUUCAGUGCAACCACCGUUUAUAUUCAAAGAAACUGUUUGCAAAUCUAUAGAAUACUUGCCUACUGCUUUUGUUAUAUUUUGCAGUCCAUCAAAGAAUUUCAGUCAGAAGAAUCCCUCCAGAUUCUUGAAAAUACAGCUGCACUGAGGAUACAAGAGAAUGACAAAUCCCUUUAUAUUUGUGAUCAGUUCAGUGGCAUUGUUUUUAAUCACCUUCAAAAGGUUUGUGUUUUAUUUACAUAGUGACUUUGUUAAUGCAGUAUCUUGAUAAAUUCUAAAGGAAUUGAAAAUAUGUUCAUGUAAUUAACACACACACACUAAUGUUAUCGGGUGGGGAGGGAAGUGGAUGUAGAUGUAUCUCACCUCUGUUUUUAAUUAUUUCACGGAGAGCAGAUUUAUGUCAGUAUUUCUGUAUGUUCCUGUGGGAAUCAAGUGUAGGCUAGCAUGGUGUUCUGCAAGAUGCUGUUUGACUCCAGCUCCCAUCAUCCUCCGCCAGCUUAGCCAAUGGUCAGGGAUGAUGGGAGUUGGAGUCCAACAACAUCUGAGGACCCAACAUUGAAGAAGACUGGACUAGCAGAACCUAAUCUGGAUACUGGGACUAUAAAUGGGAUGAAGAAAUAGAUGGUUUAUAUGUCAUUAUUUGCCUUCUGAAAUAAUCCAGUGUCAUCUGAUUGAACAGUUGUCCACGUGUAUAUUGUUAGUAUUGCAAGAUAUGUACUGACACACAAUCAUAGAUUUGUAGAGUUGAAAGUGACCCUAAGGAUCAUCUAGUCUAAACCCCUGCAAUGCAGGAAUAUGCAGCUGUCUCAUUUGGGGGUCAAACCUGCAACCUUGGCACCAAACUUGUCUGACCCCCUCCUUUGGCAAUCCACACAGAACUCUAGCCCAAUGGUUGCCAUUAAUCUGAUUUUAAUUGAUUUUAUAAUGAAAUGAUUUUAGAAUGUAUCAUUUUAAUGUUGUUAGCCACUCUGAGCCUGGCUUCGGCUGGGGAGGGCGGGAUAUAAAUAAAUUAUUAUUAUUAUUAUCAUUAGCUUUUUUUUUUUUUAGGCGUGCCAUGUGUAUUGGAAGUGUGGGAGAACAGUUUUUCUAAGGAAAAAGUUCCUAUUUACCAUCUUGUUUUGUCCUAUCUCUUGUUUCAGCUUGGUUGCAGAAUUGUUGGACCACAAGUAGUUGUCUACUGUAUGCAGAACCAGCGAUGUGUGCCAAGGGCCGACCAUCCAGUAUUUAAUAUGACAAUGGCUGAUGUAACUGUAUCCUGUACAAGCCUUCAAAAAGAAACUAGGGUAAUUCUUUUUUAUUGGUGUGUUUUGAAGAGUUGGGUGUUCAUCUUAUUGUAAGCAUCUAGUCAUAACUAGGAGUCAAAUUGUCUUUUGAUAUGUCACCAUUUCAGCUAAAUAGAUAGAUUUGCCAUAGAUGCCUUGAAAUCAAGAUCAGAAGGGCCAAAACUCUUCACUGCAGCAAGAACAUUACCUUGCUUAAAACAUCAUUGAUAAAUGUCUAAUUUUGUAAACCACAUCAAUUUUAUACCUUAAGAAAAUAUAUUCCAUUGCCCUUCUCUUUGAUUUAGGAACGCUUUAGUAAUAUGUAACACAGAUCUGUUCUUUGCUAAUUUAUACAUAUUCAUAGUACUUGUCCUUUUCUUUUGACAGUGCGGAAAGGUUGUCAGACAUUUCAAGAUUAUCAUGAAUCUUCCCUGUCUUCUUUUUCUGCAGUCUGAAAAUACCUACUUUAAGUCUGCUAUUUUAUAUAUUUAUUGAAACAUUUAUGUACCACCUUUCAUCCAGUCUGGAUUUAAGGGUGUUUUACAACAAAAAUGUGCAUCACAGGCAUGUUUUUUAUUUUUAUUUUUGCUUUUCCUUGAAUCAUCUUAAGUCUGCCAGUAUUGUCUACUAAAUGCGCUGUACACACCUGACACUAUUUCAGCUGUACUUCUGUUAGCUUUAUGAUACCAUAUUAUUGUUUUUGUUUAUAGUGUUUUGCUAAUCCUCAUUUGAUCUGCUUUGUCUUGGUUUAUUUUCAUUUGCUGCUGCUUUUUCUCUUUCAUAGGAAGAGGUCCACAAGUAUGUGCAGAUGAUGGGCGGCCGUGUAUAUAGAGAUCUUAAUGUGUCAGUAACACAUCUUAUAGCUGGAGAAGUUGGAAGCAAGAAAUAUUUAGUUGCUGCUAACUUAAAAAAACCCAUUUUGCUUCCCUCCUGGGUAAAAGCAUUGUGGGAUAAAUCCCAACAUAGGUAAGACUACAUUCGUGCAAUUAGAAAAGUAAUACUAUUUGCAGUGUUUGAAACUCCCAUUGUUUUAGGUGCAUUUUGCGACAGGGAAUUUCAUUAGCGUGAGCCGUUUCUGAGCUCUGGGCACCUACGAUUUCAUAUUAAAACUGCAGAGUGGAAGGAAAGGAGGACCUUUUUCUGCCUCCCCACUUCCAGCUACUCUCUGAAGACUGGAGAAGAAACCCUCUUAAGAAUAUUAGAGGGGUGGGCAGGGGAAGGACUAGACCAUGUGAAAAAUGAACAUAAUAUUUUAGCUGCAUUUAUUCAUUUUCAGCUUUGUAUUCUCGUUAUAAAAAAGUGCACCUAGACAUUCUGUUGUUGCACCCAUAACCUAGGUUUCAGGUUCUAUUUAGCUCCUAGCUUUCAUAUUUCGGUUUCUAACACUGACUACUUGAAAAAUUCUGAGCUAUGGUACGGUAUUCUCCAAAUAGUAAUUUAAACUUAUAUGUUAGUGAUCAUGUUGCAAAGUGCAAGCUUCACACCAUUGACAUAAAAAAGACAUACUGUAUUGUUCUUUACUUGGAUUUAUAGGAGAAGGUUUAAACACCUAAGAAUGAUGAUAUAUCCUUGACUCUGUUGCAUAGCCAUUAAAUUCUGUACUGGCUUUACUUAACUCAUGCACAACUCUGUUUUUCUGCUAAUGAAGAGAAAUGGCAAGACAUACUUUUAUUGCUCUUGUUCCCAACAGGAUGUUUAGAUAUACAGACAUCAAUAUGGAAGACUACCUAUGCCCUUUGUUUCUUGGUUGUACAAUCUGUGUGACUGGUUUAAGCAGUGCAGACCGAAAAGAAGUCCAGCGUAUCACUAUCGAGAAUGGUGGUCAGUAUACAGGGCAACUUAAGAUGAAUGAAUGUACCCAUCUUAUUGUUCAAGAACCAAAAGGUAAUUUAAAAAAAAUAAUAAAAAAAAUGUUGAAUUCAGGAGGAUUUUUGUGUAUUUGUAUAAAAUAAUUUGGUUUCACAUCUUGAAUGCAGGCAGACUCGUUUUAAUUUGACAUGCUGCAAAACAUGUCAAGUAGCAAGCUGUUUAUGCUGCCAUCUAUGGUGUCCUGUCUGACAAAUCAAUGAACAGAGUCCUCAUGGCAACAAAAAUGCCAUGCAAUCCAUUGUUCACAACCACUUUCAGCAUUCCUUUCCUUCCCUUCUCCUUCCACAUGGAGACUGGGAGUGAGCCUCUGGCUUUCAUGCUUCCGUUUUCACUCUGUAUAGAGAAGAAUUUUCAGUAUCAAGGGUUAGGGAAUAUCUCACAUAAACAGAAGGAAAAUGCUUCUCUUUUCCCAAAGGAAGGACACUAAAAAAACCCCACUGAACCACUUCAUUACUUUGGAAAAGUGGAAAAUACUUUUUCAAGUACUCUCACAAGCAACCAUUUUAUUCCCUCUACACUCUAUGUGUUAGGGGUAGAUACCCCUUUUGAAGUUGAGGACCACAUUAUCUUGGAGGGAAAACAGUUGUGGGCACAUACUGCUGGUGCGUGAGCCCAGAGCUGGCAGUGAGUAGGACCAAACUUGGAAAGGAGAUGGAGCACAACUUCAUCACUCUCUUUACCAUAUCUCUCAUCUCCUUCAAGUAUUCAUUUUCUCUCUCCCCACUCUAUACACAAGCAUGCAAUUUCAUUCAUCAUCCAUUCAUUUCACCACCAUUAUUGGCAAGUACGUAGAGGGAUGCCAGAGGGCAAACAGGUAAGAAGGGCCUUAUUGCGUGUGGACUGAAGGCUGCCCACCUGUCUUAUCACUAACAGGACUGCAUUUGGCCAAAUUUAGAACAGCUUUUUCCAGAACCUGAAAAUGAUGCAAGGAAUUUAAUUCAAUGUGUAAAAUCUGCAUAUGGUUUGGCCAGAGAGUGUAAUGGAAUCAGGCAUAUGUAUAUCUUUGAGUAACAGCAGCGUGAUAGAUUGAAAAUAAUAAACUAAGGCUGCCAUGCAUUUGCACGUUUAUUUGGACAUACAUUCUAUUGAAAUGAAGAAACGUCAUCUGGAUGCAAAUUGACAGUAUGUUAAAAUCACAGUUGAUAAUUACAAAAAAGAAUGCAUUGUUUUCUGCUAGCUGUGUUUUACUUCCUGCAUUGCCGGAAUGGUUAAACCAACACUUAAAUAGUUGUGGUUUGACUGCAAUGUUUUGUUUCUUCAGGGUUUCUCUUAAGGAUGUGUUUAAAUCUUGGGUGCUGUAUCACCCCAAACAAGAAUUAAGAAACAAAAGUUUGCUAUUUUUUAAAAAAAAUGCUUGAAUAUCUGUCCCUAUAUCUGAGGAACUUAUUUUAAUAUUAACUUUAACUGUAUUUGUUUUUGUACUUGGGAAAGGGCAGAAAUAUGAAUGCGCAAGAAGGUGGAAUGUCCACUGCAUUUCAGUCCAGUGGUUUUUUGACAGCAUUGAGAAGGGAUUUUGCCAGGAUGAAUCCAUGUACACAGUCGACCUUAAAGCAAAGCAAGAAAGUGCACCAAGCACAUCAACUCCUACUAGCCUAACUUGCAAGCCCGAUAGUAAGUAUUAAGUUCUGUAAUGUGUUAACUUCUCUAUGAAUAGAAAAAUUAGAGAUCUUUAUAGCAUUAUGAUUUGAUUUAUCACUUUUAAUGUCUAUUUUUGCAGAAUUUUUGGCUCAUAAACUUUGACAACCUGUGUACUAGUCUAGGUUUUCUAUUAUUUUGGAAAUAUUUGGAGCCCAAGGCAAGAGCAUCCUUGCUGUGUUUUUCAAGUAGACAAGUAGGGCUUGCAAAAAAAAGUUGUAGCUUGGAGUGCUCUUGUUUAAGGUUCCAGCCAUGGCUUUCCUGAGCUCUGUUGUGUAUGGAUGGUGUUGUUUAGGCUUUAUAAUAAUCCACACUUUGAGAAUGAGCUUGCUGUUAGUAUGCAGGAUGACUACAAUAUCUUGCCAUAGUUCCAAGGGGAAAACAAGGCCUGUGGUUGUUAGUAAACUGAGGAUUAAAUGCAUGCAGAGUACUUACUCAGUAGUAAAAAUCCCUUGUGUUGUAUUCAUUGGGCUAUACGUGCUAGUAUGUGUGUUAGGAUUGCAACCUUAAGUGUUCUCUAUAGUUAAAAUAAUUCAUCCAUAUAUUGUUUUUGUUCCAUAUUUAAAUCACUGUAUGAAAUACUGUAUGAAAUCCUUAAAUCCUUAAAAUAUAUUUAGAAUAAUAGAAUCAUGGAGUUGUAGAGUUGGAAGAGACCACAAGGGUCAUCUAGUCCAACCCCCUGCAAUGCAGGAAUCUUUUGCCCAACCCUGAGAUUGAGAGUCUCAUGGUCUUCCAACUGAACUAUCCUAGCUUGAAAAACAAGAAUUCCCUUAAAUUUCUUGUCACUUCUUUCUUUGGUCCACAUUGUCUCCUUAAGGACAGAAGAAAUUUCAUAACUUAGGAAAUAAUUAUUUUGAGUAAUCUAUCUUCUUGGAGGGACCUGAAUAAGCAUUAGGAAGCAGAACGUGAGUUCUGUCUAUAUACGAUAGCAGACCACUAUAUUCAGCGUGAUAGAACUGGGCUAGUAGUUAAUAAAUGCUAAAAUAAAUAAUAACCUUGGCAUUUUACCCUUUUUUCUUAUACCAAAAUAAAAAGGUAGUAGAUAUAACAUUUUCCCGAAAUAACUCCUAACUUUUGUCUCUAUCUGCAUUUUAUUCAAAGGUCGAACACUCUCAGAUGUCAGCCACAUUUCAAAUAUUAAUUUAAGCGGUGUUAAUGAAACCUCUUGCAAUUCUACUAUGAAUAGCAGGCUGGAUCCCUCUUCAGAUGACCUGAACAACUUGGAUACAAGUUCUUUGCAAGCACCUGAAGAUUUACUAGAUGGAUGCAGAGUAUGUCUAAAUGUGCAUGUGCAUAUUUACCCAAGUAAUAAAUGUUGAUGAUGAUGAUACUGAUGAUGAGAAUACAGCCAUUUUGGACACCUCAAACUAUAUAGUUUGUGAGUUUUGCUGAGCAGAAUUAGGUAUUAAAUUCAUGAGUGACUUGCUUGGGAGCAUUGCUGUCCUAAAGUCAGGACAGGUAGCUAAAGGUAUUAAGAUGAUCUCCUAGGACACCACUCACAUAGCCUAGCUGCUUCCUUUGUGGUUUUCCUUGUAAUGGAAUUAAACGCAAUCAAGAUUAGUUGUCUUCAUGCAUUUGGUUACUGAUAGCCUGUAAUUGUAAAAGUUGACAAUCAAUAGGAGACAUAGGUACAGAAAGUGAUGUGUACUGAACAGUGACUUACAGAUUUAGUAGUGGAAGCUGCUGGAGAGAAUUUAAAAUAAAGCUGCGACUGAAUUUGGAGUCUCUCAGUGUGCCAGUAAACCACGAUUUUUCUCUACCCUUUCUUGUAGAUUUACCUUUGUGGCUUUAGUGGCAGAAAAUUAGAUAAGAUGAGAAAGCUUAUUAACUCCGGAGGUGGUGUUCGUUUUAAUCAACUCAAUGAAGAUGUGACACAUGUCAUUGUGGGUGACUAUGAUGAUGAAGAACUUAAACUGUUUUUGAAGAAGACCACACAGAGGUACUGAUAAUAACAUGUCUUGUAGUGCAAUCCUAAAGGGACGCAGGUAGUGCUGUGGUCUAAACCACUGAGCCUCUUGAGUUUUAUAAUCCAAAGGUCAGCGGUUUUAAUCCAUGCAAAAGGGUGAGCUCCCAUUGCUCUUUCCCAGCUUCUGUCAACCUAACAGUUUGAAAGCACGCCAGUGAGAGUAGAUAAAUAGGUACCGCUGUGGCGGAAAGGUAAAUGGCUUUUCUGUGUGCUCUGGCACUCGUCAGUGUUCCAUUGUGCCAGAAGCAGUUUAGUCAUGCUGGCCACAUGACCAAGAAAGCUGUCUGUGACAAAUGCUGGCUCCAUCGGCCUGAAGCGAGAUGAACAUCCAUAGUCACCAUUGACUGGACUUAACUGUCCAGGGGUCCUUUACCUUUACCUUUUUUUAGUAUAAUCCUAUACAUAUCUAUAGGGACGCGGGUGGCGCUGUGGUCUAAACCACUGAGCCUCUAGGGCAUGCCGAUCAGAAGGUCAGCAGCUCGAAUCCCCGUGACGGGGUGAGCUCCCGUUGCUCGGUGUCAGCUCCUGUCAACCUAGCAGUUUGAAAGCACACCAAAAUGCACAAGUAGAUAAAUAGGCGGAAAGGUAAAUGGCGUUUCCAUGCGCUGCUCUGGUUUCGGUGUUCCGUUGGCAACAUGACCCGGAAAAAACUGUCUGCGGACAAACGCUGGCUCCCUUGGCUUGUAAAGUGAGAUGAGUGCCGCAACCCCAGAGUCGUCUGCGACUGGACUUAACUUGUCAGGGGUCCUUUACCUUUACCUUUUAUACAUAUCUACUCAGAAGUAAGUCCUGUUGUAUUCACUGGAAUAUACUCCCAGGUAAUGGGUAUAGGAUUGGAGCCUUAACUUCUGCCAGCAUACGGCCCUAAUAUUAAAAUAUUUAUAACAAUAAAUUGUCUCCCCAUUGCAUAUCCUUUUGUGUGCAAUGAUUCACAUUUUGACGUGUAUAUUUCAGUGUAAAUUACUAAAAAGGUUUUAGAGAGUUAAAUGAAAGUCUUACGGGCUUUAUUCUCUGUAACGGUGCUCCUGUCCAAAGAAGUAAAUGUAAGCCCUCUGAUUUCACUUGAACAUAUAGGGACAGAAACAUGGAUUGUGACUUCAGAUCAUGUAUUACACAUCUUUUCCCAAGAUAACGUCUUUAUUGUUACAGUAUCAAAGGGUGUGUUUUGGACACAUCUCUGUGUGCCACUUCUUUAUAUUUAAAAAAUUCUCCUUGCCUGUGCUUCAUUGCAGCAAUGUCAAUAUGGUUGCUCCUUUAUGGAAGCCUAUAGCCUCCUGCCCAUAGUAACUUAAUUUUUUUUGUUUUAUAGGCCAUAUAUUGUGACAGCAAAGUGGUUGUUGGAAUGUUUUAGAAAAGGUUAUUUACUACCUGAGGAUCAGUACACUUCGGCAAACUACCAGCCACUUGACAGUCCAGUUUUAGAGCAGCCUAUCUUUCCAAAAAGAAGCAGUCUUUCAAAGAAAGAAGUUGUGAGAACAGUGCAGGCUCCAGAAGCAGACGAAGCUCUACUGUCUCAGUAUUCAGCUAAUGAGUCCACAGUAGGUAAGAUUGCUACGCAAUGUAGCCUCUUCUCCUUGUUCCAGUAUCCCCACCUAUCUACAGCUCCCUUAUGUUGACCUCCCUCACUAUUCCACCAGAACCUUACAAUUUAUCUUAUCCUUAGAGCCUGUGUAAAAUUUCUAUCUCUAGUUGUCCUGUUUCUUUUCAUUUGCCACUGCAUUCCUUUGGCCUUCUGCCACCUCUGUUAAUCGUUCUCUGAGGACUUGCUUUUCAAUCAUCUCCCUAUUUUGCCUCCCUUCCCCCAGUCACCCUGAUUCUUAGGGAAACUAAGGGGCAAAUAUAGCCCAUCUCGUGGAACCUCUUCAUAUUUUUCAUUUAAAUACGUGCAUUUUGCUUCUAAAAUGUGGGGCAUGAUUUACUUGGUGCUUCUUUGGCUGCUACACAAUCACAUAUAUAUUUUUUAAAAAACUGGGGCUUACUAAAGAGUUCAGCAUUUGCUCUUUUAAAAAAGUAGUUUUUAUUAAAGAUUUUCUUGUGUUACAAAACAGACAAAUAAGCAGAGGAAAGUACAGUUGGGGGAAAGAGGAGGGAGGGAGAGAGAUGGGGGGCUGCUGUUCUUUCAUUCUACACAACUGUUAGUAUAGGGGCUAUAUCAGCAUCACGUGGCUAGGUCCUUUGUUUAUAUAUAUCAACAUUGUGAGAGGUUGGGGGGGGGGGUCCAGAACUUGGUUGGUUGUGUUCAGUUGGUUGCAGUGUGGCUUGUUUGUAUGUUGGAGGGGCAUAAGUCUUGAGUUCAGUAUUUGCUAAAAUGAAAGACAGUUGUGUGGAAGAAGUGCUUGGUGGAUUGCAGUAAUUAAAGAAAGUAACCUCUUGAAUGUGCAAAGAAGUGAUAGGACUCCAGUUCAACAUCUCUUCAGCCUAGUAACUUGGAGAACGUUUUCUCAUUUCCACGAUCAACACAUCUUCACUUUAAUAUUUGUUUUGAAGCAACAUUUCCCCCUCUUCCAGUUGAUGCCAAUAACUACAGUGACGUUGAUCACACUGCCUUCCGAGAAGAAAAAGAGUUCAGUGCCAGCCAUAGUUCCUUGGCAAACACUUCUACAGUCAUUGAAGGAGCCUUGUUCAACAGAAAGAGGUUCAUCCUUCUGGGUUUUGGUAAAGAGGAUGAAUCCUGCAUGAGGCCUCUGAUUGAAGAGAAUGGUGGGAAGGUUCUGCCUCAGCAAAGUAAAGCUAUUGCUGACUAUGCUGUGGUUCCUCUACUUGGCUACAACGUGGAAUCAACUGUAGGAGAUGUGGUUACAAAUACAUGGCUGGUAAGUGUAAGUCAUAGGAUAAUACAUGGAAUGUGCAAAAAGAAAAGUUGUCAGUAAAGAAAAAAUGUUGCUGCUAACUUUAAAUUUGCAUUGAGGGAUGGCAUACCCCAAAAUAAUGUGUGUGUGCGCGCGCUCUCUCUCUCUCUCUCUCACACACACACACACACACAGAACUUCACUAAAUUAGGAAUCUUAAAUAUGUAUUUUAUGUUUCUGUUCUAUUUAUCACUGUUCCAAUCACAAAAAUCCUGUGCUGCAGAUAUCUGAUCUGUCCACACUCAUAAACUGAACCCAGAGACUCACUGGAAGAUGGUUAACAAAUGUCAUCCAGCAAUUGCUACAGCUAAUUGUUUGAUACAUCUGAAUAAAGCAGAUGAAUUGUGGUGCCAAAUAUUAUGACAAUUACAAAACAAUAAAUAGUAGCUUUAUGUACUGAACCAUAGUUUAAUUUCCCAGUUGCAUUAAACAACUAGACAGUUACCAAAUAAAUAUGUGUAACAGCAUUACUGCAGUCCCAGAAAGUUGGAUAUAGCGUGUAUUGCACUGUCUCCCAAGAUGGAUGGAUUCCAGCAACAUUGUAUAUAGAGUACAGUGGCUUGUUGUCUCAGAACUUCUGUAUUGUAGUUGAAAGAACGUCUAGGUUAUUGGUUAAUCUUUAUUUCCUCAUCUUUAGGUGACGUGUGUGGAACAGCAGUCCCUAUUAGAUCCCCAAUCGAGUCCACUUUUCACACCUGUGCCAGUGAAGGAAGGAAACACUCCGUUACAACAAUGUGUAUUGUCUUUCAGUCAGUUUAAUGGGGCAGAAAGAGAUUCUUUAAUAUAUUUGGCACAUUUGCUUGGGGCAAGGUAUGUAGUUAUGUUUUUAUUUUUUUGUUAAUUUUGUACAAUCAAGUUGUAAUGUUUCACCUCCGAAAUAUCAAAAGGGUAAGAAUCUGUUGCUCAGAGCCAUGGCCCACCACAAUUUUAUACAUCUAUAAAUACAGAAUACGUACAAAAAUACAGAACAGUUUAACAUAUUUCAUCAAACAACACACCUAAAAAGGAACAAAAAAAGCAAGACUUUCCCUCUGAUACAAAAGGGACACAACCCUCCCCAUAAAUUAAUUCAUAGAUUUUGGAGAGAGGAGAAAACGUGUAAGUUUUUUAAAAAAAAUAAAUCAAUUCAGCGAUGGAAAUUGCUGUUGAAAUGUACUUACUGUGAUUUAUCACUUUAAAUCACUGUGUUUGUCUUAAGGAGGCGAGCAUAUUGUGAGCAUAUAUGAAGUAGCGUUCAGAUCUUAUUGUAAGGUUAAUGUAGUGUGGCUUGGUAUGGAAAUGUCACCUGGCUUUGAUUACAGAGUGCAAGAAUUCUUUGUGAGAAAAGCCAACCCAAGGAAAGGAAUGCUUGUCAGCACCCACCUGGUGGUGAAAGAGCCGGAAGGUUCGAAGUAUGAAGCUGCCAAGAAGUGGAACCUUCCUGCUGUUACCAUGGCUUGGCUGCUGGAGUCUGCAAGGACAGGAAAGAAGCCUGACGACAGCAAGUUCCUGAUUGACAAUGUAGACACUGAAGGUUGGUUCAUUUGAAGCUUUGUAGGUGUGUUCAGAAGCAUGAUUGCGUAAGGCAGACGUAUUCUGUGCUUACUAAUCCUGAGCAUCUACUGGCAGCAUAUUGAUAUGUGAAAUGCUAUGAGUGAUCCAACAUUAGUCAUUCUUGGGAGCAGAGCCAUUGAAAUCAAUGGACCUAAGUUAUUUAUGUUGCCCUAGACUCCAUUCUUGGAGCUGUUCAGUAUUGAGACUGUAAGAUUUUAAGAGAGAUUUUUUAGGAGCUUAGAACUUUUACAUGGUGCUUCCUAAUCUAUGCAAUAUGGAUUCCUUGUUUCAAUAAAUAAAAUAUUUAAAAUGAUGAAUAUGAGUUGCAAUUUGACUCUGCUCACUUGGAUAAAUUAUCUGUGUGCCCCCCCCCCGCAAACCCCUGGCUAACCAGGGCAAACAUAUAAGUAACCACUCAUCACCCUAAUUUCCACACAGCCCUCACUAUAAGCGGAAUUCCUUUCCCCUCCCUCCACCCCCCAAGUCUUGGUAGCAUAGGUGCUGAAUUGCACAGUCCUUCACAGUUAUAAGACACAACCAGAAAAGGCCUAAAAUGUUCACUUCCAUCUGUGAAAGGAGAAAAGCAGUGUUAGCAUUGGUCUUCUGCUGAUAGGUCAGGACCCACUAUUGGUUCAGAUCUUUACCAAAGGUGGGUUGUAGCAUCAUCCCUAGCACCAUACAAAAGCUGAAAAAUGUGUUAGCUAAAAGAACCUAAUUGGAUGCUCUAUUACAAAAACUGUAUUCAAAAGAAAUAAGUAAAAAAUAAUGAUGGUGCUUUAAUUUUAUUUUUAUUUUUUACUCAACAAAAACAAGAGUGUUUCACAAAUCAUCCAGCUGAGGCAGAGAUGGAUUCUGCAUCUCCAAAUACACGUGACCAUCCCAGCAGUCUCCUUGAAAUUGGGAGAAGAACAGCUGUGACACCUCUGGAUAUGAAUCGGUUCCAGAGUAAAGCUUUCCAGAGGGUUGUCUCACAUCAUAUUGGCAACAAGCCAAGCCCUUCACAAGCGGGGAAACCAGUACAGAAGGAACCAUCCCUGCAUCUUGACACACCAUCUAAAUUUUUAUCUAAAGACAAGCUGUUCAAACCUUCUUUUGAUGUAAAGGUAAAUACCUUGCAAAUCUUCUUUGGCCUAUAACAGCCUCCCUCUUUUAUCCUCUUCCUUUCUAUUCCCAGUUUAUUUAUUAGAUGACAACUAUGAUUAUCAUUGAAUUAGAAGAAAUGUGUAAACUACCUUUAAUAACUUGUAAAACAUUUUUAUCACAUGAACAUCCCUUUGAGCAGAGAACCUAUGCACAGUUAAAUGAGUGCAUUUUAAUUGCUUUUCAGGAUGCGCUAGCAGCUUUGGAAACUCCAGGGAGCUCUAAUCCACAAAAAAGAAAACUGAGUACUCCUCUUUCAGAAGUCAUUGGCAGGAACUUAAAAGUGGCUUUGGCAAACAGCACUCGGCAAGCAGCUGCUCUCACUGCAAGCCCUCAGUUGAAAGUUGCAACUCAACAAGUGGUAGGCUUGGGUUUUAGAUUGAUUGGGCAUAUAUAGCAUAAAUUGGGUGCUGCUUGUUUGUACAGAAAGAUUGGUUAAAUGCAGCAGAAUUCAAAUUGCAUGGCUCAGUGGGGAGAGGAGGGAUGUGACCAUGGUUGUGUGUCAACUGGAAGAAGUGAAAUUACACACGUUGGUUCUAAUCUGCAAACCAGCCAUGGGCUCCGCCUGUACUUCCUGAACAUGUAGAUGACCAGUGUUGUCUCAUUUGACAUUGCCAAUCACUUGUUAUCAAUAGGCAGUGGAAGGGGUCACCUCAAUUCACUCCCACCCACCCCACCCCACCCCAAAUCCUUUAACCCGCUCACAUGUCCUUUUAAGAUCAGUGGAAACAGUUGGUCUUGGCAAGUAUCAACCACCCUCCAUUCCAGCCUGAUAAUUGCCACCUGCCUAACUUGUCUGAAUUAAUUUUAAGAUGUAUUUUAAUUGAUGUCUGUUUUAUGCAUAUUGUGUUGUUUUUAUGAUGUUAGCUGCUCUGAGCUUGGCCUUGGCUGGAGAGGGCGGGAUACAAAGAAAAUAUAUUAUUAUUAUAAUUAUUAACAAAUAAUCAGUGCUGUCAUAACUGGCACUACAUUUCUAGAGAUACCUUCAUGAAUUUGGUAUUGCUGAACUAUUGCAUUGAAGGAGAAAGGAAGGAGAAUAACUUUUCUUUCAUUACAUUACAAACAAAGUGAAUUCACCCUUGAAAAUGUGACCCUGAACUACAUUUCUGCUAAUUCUACUUUGAACAGGAAGAGGAGCCAAAGCCUCUAGCUGAUGUUGUCAUAUGUGUGAGUAAGAAGCUCAGUAAAAAGCAGGGCGAGCUGAAUGCCAUUGCUGCUUCCCUUGGAGCAGAUUACAGGUAUGUGCAGUUAACAGAAUUCUUCACUGAUAAGACUUUGACAUCUAGCUCUUGAAAUUAUAGUGAUUCAAGUGCCUAAAAUUUUCUAGUUGCUAUACAAAGAUAAAAAGCAGUAAUGGUCCUGCCCUCAGGUUUACAGUCUAGUACACAUAAUUCAAAAAGGAAAAUGGAGGGAGGAAUUUGAGGGUAAGGCAAUUUAUUUUACUGGUCUGGUUCACAAGUCACACUGAACCAUAGGUAAAAUAAAUUGUGGUUUUUUUGUGAAUGAACAGUAUGCUGGUGCAUAUUCCUCACCCCUGCUGCACUGGUGGAAAAACAGCCAUUAUCUGGCUUGUGUCAUCCGAACCUUGGACUCAUGGUUUGUUUCUAAACAAACCAUGAGCAGAAUCUAAGGAAGAAGGAAACCUAUAACUAGAUCUAGGUUGAAUAGAGAUCUCAGAUUUACUGUAUCUGAAUGAAAAUGGAGUAUGAUUUGGAACUCCGUAAAGAACUCUUCACUGAGCCUAUCAAUACAGAAAGCUCAGUAUAUACUAUUAUGGUGAUAUCUGACACUUGCUAGACUUAAUAAAAUUCACGUAGAUGCAUGUUUCUGGUGUUGGAAGCCUUCAGCUAUAAAUGCCAAUUUCUUACAUAUGUGGUGGGAAUGCCAGAUGACGUGACUUUUAGAGACAAAUAAUUGGUGUUAUAUGGUUAUGAUUGGGAUUAAGCUCUAUGCUGAUUUAAUGGAUAGGGCCUGAUGUGUCAAAGAAUAUGAAAUCUCUAAUAACAAAUUUAUUAUUCUCAAAAAAAAGUGGGUGUAUAAGUGGAAAAACCCACAAGCUCCAACUAGAUGGGAAUGAUAGUGCAGAGAUGGACAAACUAAUAGAUAUGAUGCAUAUGAGAAGCAUUCAGCAUUCAGAAUACUAUAUUUGUUGAUAAGUGGCUGUGUCUUGUAAGUUAUUGGAAUAAAUGCAAUGGAAGCUUGAGACUUUCUGUGAUUGUUUUGUGUAACUUGCAGACCAUAAAUCUAUCCUGUAACUCAUUUGAGAACCUAUUUUCUAAAAGAUUGAAUAAAUUAAUUAAUUAAUUAAAUUUGUUCCAGUUUUUGAAUGUAACACAGUGAAUAACCAUGGGAAGGGCCAUUGUUCACUGGUACAGCAUCUACUUUGCAUACAGAAGGUCCCAGGUUCAGGCUCUGGCAUUGGCUGGAAAUAUCUUCUGCCUGAACCCUGGAGUGCCGUAAAAUGUGACUUUUCAGUUUGAAUUACCAGAUGGACAUUUAUUUUAUGUUCCUGAAAAAUAUAUCAUGGUCUCGAAGGACGGUUUUAAAUCACCAUAUUUGUCGACUGAUUGAUUCUUUAAAAAAAAUUAUUGGCAUAUUUACCAUAGAAAAUGAUCAGCAUCUCUGGUCUUCUCAAGGUGAGGCAUGUGGACCCUCCUGCAUGUGAAAAUGGUGGAUGUUAUUUCUAAGAGCUGUUCCAGUUUGGGGUGUGUGCAGGUGUUAGGAAUGUUGAGUUGGCAUCAUGAUAACCACAAGUCACACACACCCCAUUCCCAGAACUGGAAAUCACUCAACGUGGAGUUUAACAUGUCUUUCAUAUCUUUUAGGUGGUGCUUUGAUGAAACUGUAACUCAUUUCAUCUACCAGGGAAGGCAAAAUGAUAGUAACCGGGAAUACAAAUCUGCUAAAGAAAGGGGCAUACAUGUAGUGUCGGAACACUGGCUUUUGGAGGUAUGGAGAAACUGGUUUUUCCUAACACAAGGAUGGGGAAAGGGGAAGGUUGCACAACAUGUCAUUACUGACUUCUUUUUUUAAUGUGAAUUGAAUCUGUUUUAAAAAUCGGGCAUAUAUGGGGUGACAGCCUACAUUAAUCACAUUAAGGCUAAAGUCAAUUGAUUUCAGUGAGCCUACUCUGAGUUUAAUUGGAUAUCAUUCAUAAGCAGUGUUCUGUGCAUGCCAGUCUACAUGCAGUAUAAGGGUUCAGCAAAUGAAGUGCCAUGUGUGCUACUUCUGUUUCAUAUAUCUAUAAAUGUAGCUUGGCAAUAUUUGUGCGCUUACACUGCAGUUCUUCUAAGGUCCAUCUGUAUUUCAAAAGCUUGAUUGUCUUUCAGCAAGACUUGUCACUUGCUGCUUGUCUGCUACUAAGUAUGUCGCUGAAGCACUGUGCUAAAAGAGAAUGAGGUGAAAGUGCUAUUAAGUGAGAAACGCAGCCUCUGAGUCAGCGGUUGACAAUAUGGCAGCCACCAUAUUUUGUUAGAUUCAUAGUAUCAUUGUCCCUUACUAUUGGAUAUGCUAGCUUGCUAGCUAGGGGCUGAGGACAGUUGGAAGCCCAGCGUCUAGAGAGCACCACAUUGGCAACUUGUACUCUUGAGUAAUAUACAGUGAAACCUCGUGUUACGUACUGUCCUCUUUACGAAUGCUUUGGGUAACGAACUCCGCUAACCUGGAAGUAGAUGCCCCUAGUUGUGAACUUUGCCCCAGAAUGCGAGCGGUAGUGGCAAAGCAGCAGCAGCAGGAGGCCCCAUUAGCGAAAGCAUGCCUCAUGUUAAGAAAGGUUUUGGCUUAAGAACAGACCUCCAGAACGAAUUAAGUUCAUAACUGGAGGUCCCACUAUAUUUGUGAUUUUAAGGGCAGUGCUGUUUCCAUUGGUGUGGCAGUACUAAGAAGCCAGUGAUUGGCAUGGAAUCAAAAAGGAAAUAAUAAAAGACCCUGCAAAGUGGCAGCCAGAAAUACAUACACUGUAAACAGCACAUUUUCCUGGAUAUCUGUUGUUGUUGUUUAGUCGUUUAGUCGUGUCCGACUCUUCGUGACCCCAUGGACCAGAGCACGCCAGGCACUCCUGUCUUUCACUGCCUCCCGCAGUGCCUCUAUUCCUCUACUAUUCAGCCCUUCAGUUCAUUUCCUGUCUUUCUUUCAGCUCUCCAAAGUGUAUUUGUCUUCCAACUCAGGUGUCUCUCAUCUCUUUUGUCUUCUGUCCUUAGUUACUUGUGUGGCUCCCAGUUCGAGUUCCCCCAUUCAUCUAUCCUCUUGCUCCAUUGCCUUGGAUAGGCUUUUCCUUUUAUUUUAAAGCCUCUGUUUAUCACUUAAUUGCUAUAAUUUUUAAGUGGUGUGCAGGCAACUCACAAUUUACACUAGGGUUACAUUUCACACUUCUGUGCAUGUAACUGAAAUUGCUUAUAUUGGGAGCACACUGGUGAGUCCUGGCUCGCGAGCAGACCUUCCCCAGAGCCCAAAGAGGACAUCCUUUUUGGGCUUUGGAGAGGGUUUUCUUGCAAGCCAGAGGCAUAGUGGGCCUUUGCUGAGGCCUCCCGCCGGACAGCUGAUGUGCAGGGUAGAGCCGCCGCCGCCGCUGCUUCCCCACAUGUCAACUGUGCAAGCUGCGCUGUCCCUGCGACUUUUGCGGCUUGCGCAGCUGAGGUGCGGGGAAGCAGUGGCUGCUGAUGCUUCUCUACCCCACAUGUCAGCUUUUAGGUGGGAGGCCUUCACAAAGCCUCCUGUGUCUUUGCCUUGUGAAGAGACCCUCCCCAGAGGGCCCCCCCUCAAAUCCCUGGUAACAGAGAAUAAACAUUUCACACAUCCAGUGAAACAGUUUCUAGUUCAUGAAAGCUUAUGCGGCAGCAAAAUUGUUAAUUUUUAAGGUGCCACAGGAUUGUUUGUUUUACCAACAAAGUAACAUUUUCAAGGAACAUAUUUAUUGUUGGCUGGGCAGAAAAAGAAAUGUUUCCUUAACAAAAAAUAAAAUAAAAUUGCUCACUUCCUUGCUCUAAGUUUGUAGCAUUAAUUCCUCUCCCUACUAACUCUUUCCAGAGUGCACAAGAAUAUAAACGGCUGCCUGAAUCUCUCUAUCCUUACACAUAUAACCCUAAAAUGAGUUUGAAUAUUAGUGGUAUUCAAGAUGACAGAUUCUCAGAUCGGCUAGAUUCAUCUGAAAAAACAGGGAAGGAAGAUGAGGUAUGGUAUAUUCAAUUUGUGUGUGUAUGUGUGUUUUAAAAUCAUUAUGGUAACCUUAACCUGGAUGAAUAAAUGAAUGUGGAAUAAAUAAAUGAAUGAAUGGCUUCCUGCAAUUGUUUUCACUUAGGUUAUGCUAAUUCUGUAAUCUAAUAAAUGCCAAAAGUUUCAAUUUAUUGUAGAUAUGGCAGUUAGUGUUCACAACAUUAUGAAAGUAAAAGGACUAAACUAAUUGACUGCUAUAUGACCACAUUCAGCUACUUGGAGGAAAGGCCAGAGCUUAAUGGUAGAAUAUCUGUGGUGCAUGUAGGUCAGCCCCAGAAUCUCCAGGUAGGCUUGGGAAAGAUCCCUGGAGAUCUCUCUGUCAGUGUAGACCACAAGUGUGGACCCUCCAUAUGUUGUUUGCCUUCACCUUCACCUUUCCCCAGUUAGAAUGGCCAGUGUUCAGGGGACAUAGAAAUUGCAGCCCAGACACAUUUGGGGGGCCAUCGGUUCCCCAUUCCUAGUGUAGACAAUACAGUGGUACCUCGGGUUACAGACGCUUCAGGUUACAAAUCCCGCUAACCCAGAAAUAGUAUCUCAGGUUAAGAACUUUACUUCAAGAUGAGAACAGAAAUCGCACGGCGGCAGCAGGAGGCUCCAUUAGCUAAAGUGGAAUCUCAGGUUAAGAACAGUUUCAGGUUAAGAACGGCCCUCCAGAACGAAUUACGUUCAUAACCCGAGGUACCACUGUACUGAACGAGAUGAGCCAUUGGUCUGACUUGGUAUAAGGCAACUUCCUGUGUUAAUGUCAUAGUGACAACCUGGAAGUAGAUUUACUUUUGUUGGACUGUUGAAUAUUUUUGUUGGGUUUAUUAGUAAAGUUUGUAUACAGUUCUCCUUGCAUCAAUAAUGAACAUGGGACAAAUUGCCAUACUUUUUCUGUUCUGAGAUAUGACUUGUGUAAGACCUGAACAUCAACUGUUUCAGAAAAUGUCGUUGGAUACUAAUGAUAUAGAAGAUGUUGCUAUGGAUCAAGUGAUUGAGGCAGCUUCUGUCGAAAAAGAAAAUGCAUCAAAAGGAGGUAACUGUUUGUGUGCAUUAUUGUAUGGUUUGGCAUCUACCAUGCAUUUUUGCCAUAUGCUGAAGAUCCACUUCUUUACGCAGACCUUUUGGAACCCACCCUGUUCUUGUGAUUGUAAUCUGUUUUUAAUGUUGUAUUUUUAAUUUGUGUGACCCACCCCUGUGACCUUAGGAUGAGGGGCAGAAUUUUCAGUAGGUUCUUGAAAUGUACGGAAUAUGGAAGGGCAAAGUAUGCGUAACUAAUAAGCAGUGAAGAAGGGGCCCACAUGGCUUUUAUUACAUGGCGUUUGACAUAUUUUAAGUAGAAAGAGCUGUUAUUUAUUUACAUUUCUUUUGAACUCCAGUUUUAACACAGACACUGGAAAUGAGGGAGAACUUUCAAAGGCAGCUACAGGAAAUCAUGACUGCAACAUCACUAGCAAAGUUUCAAGGACAAAGAAAAUCUUUGUCUAGGAACGGCUUUGACAAUUCUCCGACAACUCCAGAUGGCCCUCGUUCUGUUCGUAACGGCCGUAGCCGAGUCUUGGAAGCCCUAAGGUACUAUGUGACAUUUUGAACACAUCUUGAAUUUCUGGGCUACCAUCCUAGGAAGCUACGCAUAGGCAGCCAGAGGUGUCUUCUGAGGUUUUUGCUGCAGCUGCUUGUGUGACUGAAUGACAAAUUUCUAAACAGAAAAGUGACUUGUCUGACUGCAACAGAAACUUUAAAUGCCCAGCUGUGAAUGCAGUUCUCCCAUGCUAGUGCACAGGAGACUAACUUAUCCCAUUGACUGCAUUGUAACCUAAGUCCAGCUAACCUAAGCUUGUUCUAAACCAAUAUGUUUCAUUACUGUUGCACAAGGUUAGGGAACCCUCUACAGAUGUUGCUGGACUUCAAACUGCCAACAACUCCAGUAAAGCAUAGCUGAAAACCAGGGCCAGAGGUUUUCCAACUGCCCUGCAGAGAACUCUGUAUACUUACUAAAGCAGUGCACAUCCUCAUUGUUCAUUUUGGUCCUUAGGCAGUCACACCAGGUAGCAAUGGAUGUCAACACAGAGCCAUCACAGAGUGAACAGAUUAUUUGGGAUGACCCCACUGCAAGAGAAGAGAGGGCAAGGCUUGCUAGUAACCUUCAGUGGCCCAGCAGCCCCUCACAGUGUUCCGAACAAAUUCAACCUAUUGCAGUAAACGCUGGAGACCUCUCGCUUACAAAAUCCUUUACCGAUACGGAAAUUGCUGAAAUGGGUAAGAAGAGGAAACUGUGUGAUUGAGUUGAAAUAGCUGGUUUUCAUGUUUAAAAAAAUUCCCUGGAUUUUGCUCACAUAAGACUGUAGAUGUGUAGUUGUAUUAUUGAAGGUUUCCCUGUUUUUGUUUUGUUUUUAAAUGCUGUAUAUUUGGGGGGAAGUCUAGGUUAGAAUUAAGCUCAGGCAUAUUUUCUAUAUAUAAUGAAGAUUUCCUUUGUAUAGUGGAGUCCUCAGUCAUGUGAGUCCCCACCACUGGUACAAUGAUAAGAAUUCAUAAACAGUUUUACCAUCUGAUGUACAAUUAUUAUUAUUUUUUGCUAGGCCCAAUCUAAUAGUUACACAGUUUUGUUGCUACCAGGAAUUGUGUAUUCCAGUGUAGAGUAGUUUGUUGUCAAUUAACUAUAUACUUGCUUUGUGUCAGAGGAUACCAAUGAUGAUCCGUUUAAAAAACAACCCUUGCCUUUUUAUUCAUGUAUAUUUGAAACACCUUCCUCACACCAAAUAUUUAGGGGUAGGAAGGAAUUGAGAAAUUGGCCUUAAGGAUGUGUCUGGAACAGAAUAUGGGGGCAAAGGAAAGGUUGAAGCUGUCUUAGGUAUCCAGGGAUAGAAGGAGGGCUUGAUUAACCAAAGGUUCACAUGAUAGAAUUAUGAAUAAGAGAUUUUUUAUACUUUGUAUGGUUUAUGUGGCACUUCAAAAGCAUUAAGGAUACAUGAUAAUUUUGUUCUACAGUCAGUCUGUUCUCAUGUGUAGGCAAACACAGGCGACUCCCAAUGAUGUGUGAUCCGAAUGAUGUGUGAUCAUGCACACUUGCAUGGCACUGAACCAGAAAGUAGCCCCAAAAUGUCAUAAAAAGGGGCUCUGCCGACACGCAUGGGGGUCUGGAACGGAACUCCUGUGUAAAACAAGGAUUUCCUGUAAAUUUAGGCUGCAGUCUUGAUAAUUUAUUGGCUAUUUAAACCAACAGGGUCACAUGUUUUGGAGGUUCUAAUUUAAAUAAUACAUUAUUUUUUCUCUCCUUUUCAUUUUCUGCGUGGCUUCCUUUGAGAACUGUUCAGUUUUAUAUUUGCCUGCUUUAGUGAUUUGAUGGGGAUUUUUUGCUUUGUAGAAAUUGAUGAACCUGCAAAAACAGAUUGGGUUGAGGUCCCAAAGCUUCCAGGCUGUAGAAAUCCAGCAAUCCCUGUGAAAGAAGAUAAUCUGAUCUCAACUCCGCUGGCUCCUGCCAUUGCCUUUCCUUUGGCAAAUCCUCCUGUGGCUCCUCAGCCAAAAACAAAUGUAUGCCUUAUGACAGCAUGCUGAUUCAUAUAUUAAUAUUUGCAUUGAGAAGUUGUACUCCAGUGUUCGUUUGAACUUUCAUUUGAAGUUGUUAGUAGUUUAAUAUUAACAUACAGAUAAUAGAUCGCAGCAGACAGUAAAUAUUUUAUCCCCGUGGCUUCUUAGCAAUUAAUUUAAAUCCCAUAUGCAACCUACUUUUUCCUGGCAGUUCAAGAAUAAUGGAGAGGUUGAAGGAAAUAGGAAGUACCUGUGAUUUGUUCUGUUAAAAUAAUUUCAUUAUGGGGACUAGGAGUUCAGGAAUGAUUUUUGCAAAGAUUUCAAGGGUCUGACAUAUUGGUUGAAAUAUCUGGAGGUAUUUAAUUUCAUGUAGUGCUUGUUGACUUUGUGCUACCUGCUAAAUUACUGUAUAAUGCAUAUUUCAUAUAGAUAGACUUCAGCUCUGAUACAUUCAGCUAUACUUGAUCAGAAUAAAUAGCUUCUACUGUAUAACUUGCCAUUUAGUAGAGACUCAGGCAAAGAUAUCAAAGUGAUUUUUUAAAUAACAAAUAUGUAACUUAAGUCUCUCUAGAGGCUUAUCAUAUGUUUUUAAAAAAUGCGACUGAAUUAAAUUGUAUGUGUGGACAUGGAUAAUGGAACUGCUGGGAAUCAAUGACAUCUUUUUUCCUUUUCUCUUUUCCCCAAACUUACCUUUUCAGGUCAUUAGAGUAGAUCAAAUGACUGCUGAAGAACCAAAAAAAGAGUACAGAUUCCAGCUGUCUUCUGUUCGCCCUCAGGCACGGAUUGAUUAUUACCAUAUGAUUGAAGAGCUGGGUAAGAAAUCAGUGACCAGAAAAUAUUGGGGCUCCAUCUGGUGGUGGUUGUUGUUGUGUGUGGCUUACAAAACACCUCAUCACUUUCUAUGUCUGACCUUCCUCUAGUAGGCAUUGCAUGUAAAAAUAACUAUAUUUUAAAUCCAUUCUUUAGGUGGAGUGGUGCUUGAGAAGCAGUGCUUUGACCCUAGGUGUACCCACACAAUAGUGGGGCACCCUAUUGGCAAUGAGAAAUUCUUGGCAUCAAUGGCAGCUGGAAAGUGGGUACUCCAUUGCUCCUACCUGGAUGCAUGCAGAACAGUACGAUGCUUUCUACCGGUACGGCAUACUUUUAAGUAAAUGUUAGUCUGUUUUAAAAACUCUUUUACUGUUGUAUUUGUUUUUGGUUUUCAAAUGUGUACCCUGCUUUUCCCCACAUCUGUGUCACAAAGCAGCUUACAAAAUGAAAACAUACAAUAUACAAAAUUCAAAACUUAAAUAUCAGAGAUUAAAACAUCAGAACACCAUUGAUGGUGCAAAGGCAUAAAUGAAGCUGAUAUAAUUUACAAAAGCAGCAUGUGGUCUGGGUCUGGGUAGUGUCUAGAUGGGAAAUUGUACAUAUGCUGCCUUGAGCUCCAUGGACUAAAGGCAGGGAUAUACAUGAGGGGAAAACAAUGAACCGAAAUCUUGCCUCACCACAGUGUCUUAAAUGACUGAAUCCCACUUUAAUUAGCUACUCCAUGGAUUUAAGCUGAUAAUUCAUUAUUUAGGUUGAGUGGUGCUUGAACUUGGGUAAUUUAAAAGCAUACUUUCCCUUUAAAAAAAAAUCUCAAAGGGCACCCAGUAUAAAUGUUACAUGUAUUUUAUUUGUUUAUAAACUAUAGGUUGCUUGUUUUGGGGAUUUUUCUUGUUUCAUGUUGACUGAAUUGCAGUGAAUAAGAGGCUUUCCACCCAUUAGGAGGAAGAUUUUGAAUGGGGAAGUAAUUCCAUACUCAGUGCUGCGUCUGAAAUAACUGAAUCCCAGAAGAAUUUAGCAGUUGCAGCAAUGAGGUGGAGGAAAAUAAUACAAAGACGGCGAGAGGAAGCUGGUAUUACUGAGGUAUUUUUCCUGAGGAGUAGUGGGGUUUUUGAAAGUAGCUCUCAGCUUUUUAUUGAUUGAUUGAUUGACACUUUGUGGCUGUAAAGAGAGAUGCAAUUCAUUUUUAUCUAAUUUUUUAAAAUUGAAAAUAUUCCUUUCCUGAACAAAAUAAAGUGAAUAAAGAAAUAAAAAGGUAUGUUCUAUCACUAUAUAGUCAAGAGCUGUACUUUAGUGUAGUAAAACAGCAUUUUGACUUACUAACGUUAAGCAUUCUAACUUGUUAAAACUACUUUUAGAAAAUGUGUUGCUAAACUUACUUUAAAAAUUUGUAGCAUUUUAUACGUAUGUGUUCAUGUGUAUAUACACAUAUUAAUAGCUGUAUCUUUGUAGGGGGCAUUUCGUGGUUGGAAAGUUAUUUUGAAUGUUGACCCAGCCAAGGAAGCAGGCUUCAAACGUCUUCUAGAGUCAGGCGGAGCAAAGGCAUGUAUUCUGUUCAUUUGCCAGUAUUGAUGCCAGUGGGUGUUGAAUUGCUGCUUUCUGCAUAAGAACAUAGUAUCUUAAGAUUUCGUAUUCGAUCAGAAUGAUGAAUUGUUACAAAGCAAGGAACUGGUUGUGUCACCAGAAACUUUUCGUCCUGUGAUGCAACACACCUCCAUUAAGCGUACAGUGGUGCCUCGCAAGACGAAAUUAAUCCGUUCCGCGAGUCUCUUCGUCUUGCGAAGCACGGCUAUUAGCGGCUUAGCGGCUAUUAACGGCUUAGCGGCUUUAAGAAAAAGGAAACAAACUUGCAAGAACUCGCAAGACGUUUCGUCUUGCGAAGCAAGCCCAUAGGGAAAUUCGUCUUGCGGAACGACUCAAAAAAUGGAAAACUCUUUCGUCUAGCGAGUUUUUCGUCUUGCGAGGCAUUCGUCUUGCAGGGCACCACUGUACUCCCAAUGUUAUUUUUCCAUUAAUUUCAGUUAUAAGUUUUGUUGUGUCCAUUGUUCCAGAUCAACUUGGGGGCGGGAGGAGAAAUCAAUCAGUAUUUUUGUUUUACAAAUAUGUAUUAUUGAGCAAAUAAUUUAGGCAGGUGCAGGGGACCGUUGGCCUUCUAGAUGUUGCUGAAGUACAAUUCCCAUCAUCACUAUCCAUGGCCAUGCUCACUGGGGCUGAUGAGAGUUGUAGUUCAGCAACAUCUGGAGGGUUAAAGGGUUAUUCACACCUCUCUCCAGCUACUGAAACACAAAGGUCUCUGUGUGUGUGGAGUUAUCUAUAAUGACAAUGGUUAUUUUACCAACCUUUUUUCUAUUUCAAUCUCUCCAAAUUCAUGUAACUAAAAAAAUGGCAAGAGACCUUAAAAAAAGUAUUUGAAAUAAUAAUAAACCAAGACUUAAAGCUAAUAUACUCAUGAUGGGGGGAAAUGGAGGUUUGUUUGUGCCAAAUUUGCAAUUGUAUUAUAUGUACAAACUCAUACAGUGGUACCUCAGGUUAAGUACCGUAUUUUUCGCUCCAUAGGACGCACUUUUUCCCCUCCAAAAAUGAAGGGGAAAUGUGUGUGCGUCCUAUGGAGCGAAUGCAGGCUUUCGCUGAAGCCUGGAGAGCGAGAGGCAUCGGUGCGCACCGACCCCUCUCGCUCUCCAGGCUUCAGGAAGCUAUCCGCAAGCCUUGCAAGCCCGGUGGGAGUUCCCGCGGGCUCACAAGGCUUGCAGGCAGCAGCCUGCAGCCCCGGCGAGUGUCCGCAAGCCUUGCGCGCCCGGCAGGAGGUCCCGCCGAGCGCGCGAGGCUUGGGGCAGCAGCCUGUCGCCCGAAGCACGGGAGCCCUCCGGAGGGCUCCCGUGCUCGGGCGAGUGUCUGCAAGCCUUGCGCGCCCGGCAGGAGGUCCCGCCCGGCGCGCAAGGCUUGGGGCUGCAGCUUGUCGCCCGAAGCACGGGAGCCCUCCGGAGGGCUCCCGUGCUUCGGGCGAGUGUCUGCAGCCUCGCGCGCCCGGUGGGAGGUCCCGCCGAGCGCGCGAGGCUUGGGAGGUAGCCUGCCGCCCGAAGCACGCGAGGCUUGGGCGGCAGCCGCGGGGGCAUAAUUUUUUUUAUUCAUUUUCCCCCCAAAAAAACGAGGUGCGUCCUAUAGAACGAAAAAUACGGUACUUAAUUCAUUCCGGAGGUCCGUUCUUAACCUGAAACUGUUCUUAACCUGAAGCACCACUUUAGCUUAAUGGGGCCUCCUGCUGCCGCCGUGCCGCUGGAGCACGAUUUCUGUUCUCAUCCUGAAGCAAAGUUCUUAACCCAAGGUACUAUUUCUGGGUUAGCGGAGUCUGUAACCUGAAGCGUAUGUAACCCGAGAUACCACUGUAUAUGUAUAUGAGGGAGGAAAUGGAAGAAACCAUUGCAUGAAAUGGGGUGGGGGAAUAGGGCUAAUAAAAAUAAUUUUCUGGUACUCAGUUGGCUAAAUAUGUGGCAAACCCAACUAUAUUUCUUCCAUAAUUGCUAUGAGUUGCAUCCAGAUUACCGCUUUAAAAAUUGGAGAAUUUGUUAAAUACAAGGAUCUAAUAAGAAGAUACGAUUGAAUUCUCAAUUGUUGGAAAUACCUGGUAUUCUGGAAAGCUGAAUAUUUUCAAGUAAUGGUUGAACACCCUCUUCACAGAACAGGUAGAUUUUUGUCUGUAUGAUUCAGACUAGGGAAGCCACUUGCUAGGUUCUCUGUGGCGAGUAAUUUACACACAGACCCCUCAAUUCCGCAUUCUCUCCUUAGCCUUUGGCUCUUUGAGACUGGAUACAAGACAGUUGUCACAGGCUCAAAAAUAGUUUCGGAAGCUGCAUGUGACAUGGAGGACUACCACCCUUUGCACUGUGCUGUAAUAUUGUGCAGUAUCAAUGGCACUUGUCCAGCCAAUUUCCUUCCUAGUAUUCUGGGAGAGUGGAAAAUAUGCUUAGAGAUAGGGUAAGGUGUCAUAGGAACAGUCAUGGGGGCUUAGCCACGUGGAGAUGUUGCACAACCACUGCACCCUAUUUUGACAAUGUAACAGUUAAUAUGUUCUUGAUUUUGCAUGCCACUUCCAGGGCCAUUCUGCAAGCUGCAAGCAGGGCUGGCGGUUCACCUUCUGAAAUUCUGCUGGCAAGGCUCGUUUAAAUGUUAAUAGUACACAUGUACCAUAUAUAUAAGUAAUUCACUGUCUCUGUGUUUGAAAUUACAGGUGCUGCCUGCUCAUUCUGCCUCUGUCUUCAGAGAAGCCACCCAUCUUUUUGCCGAUUUUAACAAACUGAAGCCAGAGGAUUUAAGAGUUAAUUUAGGAGAGGCUUCUGCUCAUGGAGUGAACUGCCUGAAGCCAGAAUACAUUGCUGACUAUCUUAUACAGGUCAGCGUGCCAGUAGCACAAUGUGACUUUUGUUACUUUUAAGAAGACUUGCCGCAUCUCAAAAAUCAAAGCUGUUGCAGCAACUAUGUGCAGAAUUUUGUGUGCCUAGGGCAAGGAUUAGGAAACCUGAGGCAAUUCCCAGUGGCAAUAGUCAGCAUGGCCAAUGGUCGGAGGUGAUGUGAGUUAUAAAUCAGGAACACCGGGAGGACCACAGGUUUCCCGUAAGGCCUUUCCCUUUGUAUGACCAAUAGGAAAGCUGCGUGUGUGGCGGUAGAAAAAGAUAGAAAACCUGUUGCCUACCCAAGGCUAUGGAUUGUGCCUCAGGUGCAGAGAUUGUGAUGAUUACGUUGCUCUUGACCCAUUUUCUUCAGCUUAAAAGAUGACAUUUCAAGACAGGUGGAUGUUGUCUUUUUCUUUGCCAGAGCUGGUUAGAACAAAAAACAAAAAGGGCUAGGCCUGCAGACAGGGCAGACUUUAGCCAGUAUUCCUGCUGAAAUGCUAGGGUAAUAAGUAGGGAAAGAGAAUGUCUGAUAAUGAAUUCACGGGUGCGAAAAUUGAGAGGAAAACUUAAAAGCCGGAAGCAUGUGUUCCUAUUGUGGGUGGGUGUGCAUGUGUUGGUAACGGGCACUCCUUAAGAACGUCCUAGGUAACAGAAAUGUGGGACUAGUGAUGGUUUGGAUCUUUAAAAAACUAAAAUCUUGUUUUGAAGGAGCAACCACCUCAAAUGGAAGGUUAUCGUUUGCUGGUAUGAAGAUAGGCAGCAGCGUCUGGCAGAGAACAUGAAACCGGGUUACCUUAGAAGCAGAUAUCUCCUGAAGAAACACGCCCGAUAAAGCAAGCCUGAGUAUGUUGAUACCUUAAAAAUAUUUUUUCAAAUUUCUAUUUAUACUUGUUUUCUUUCCACAUAAAAAGGUCAUUAAAUGUUUUUUGUAAUAUUUUGUGUAUAUUGCUUUUAAAAUGAAAUUUGCUCGCUCAGAAACUAGACUCCACUGAUUUUUGCUGCCAGGGUAAAGUGGGUUGUUUGAAUAUUUUAAAUUUAUUCUUUCUUUUAUUUUCUUAGUAGAUUUAUGUCCCUUUGUGUGGAGCCCAGUCAUGCUUCUCCAUAGCAUAUUUUCGUCCCUUUUCGGCUGCUUUUACAUUUACUUCUAGAAUAAAGGAUGUUGGACUG